GAAGCUUUAGAAAUUUAUUUUGCAGUUAUCCCUUAAAGAGCCCACGAAAGUUUGCUUUACCGAUAGGGACCCGAGUUCGAUCUAAAGUAGUCCUAUAUCGGAGGAAAAUAAUCUCUCAGUUUUGCCUUUUUCCGCCGCCGUCGCCGUCGGAGCUGGAACCGGUAUGCCAUACAGUCAGUGAGUUGUUUCUUAUGAUUAACGAAUAUACCAUUAAACCCUAAUCAUUUCCACUUCGGAGCCAUGGUGUGGUGUACCCAUUGUGGGAAGAAUGUUCCCGGAAUACGCCCCUACGAUGGUGCAUUGGCAUGCAAUUUAUGUGGGAGGAUAUUGGAAAAUUUCAAUUAUUCUGAUGAAGUUACAUUCGUUAAGAAUGCGGCUGGACAGAGCCAAGCGUCAGGUAACAUAGUGAGGAGUGUUCAGAGUGGGAUUUCAAGCUCACGUGAAAGGAGAAUUAGAAUAGCUAGAGAUGAUUUUAUGAAUUUGAGAGAUGCCUUGGGAAUUGGUGAUGAUAGAAAUGAUGUGAUUGACAUGGCUGCGCGAUUCUUUACAAUGGCAGUGGAGCAAAAUUUUACUAAAGGCCGCAGAACUGAACUAGUUCAGGCUUCGUGUCUGUACUUGACUUGCCGGGAAAUGAACAUUCCGUUUCUUCUAAUUGAUUUUUCAAGCUACCUUCGAGUUAGCGUGUAUGAGUUAGGUUCUGUGUACUUGCAACUCUGUGAAAUGUUGUACAUUGCCGAAAACCAGAAUUAUGAAAAGCUUGUUGAUCCUUCAAUUUUCAUUCCUCGAUUUUCAAACAGCUUAUUGAAAGGAACACAUGAUAAAGCUGUCAUGAAAACAGCUAGAGACAUUAUAGCUAGUAUGAAGAGAGAUUGGAUUCAGACCGGCCGGAAACCUAGUGGAAUAUGUGGAGCAGCACUUUACACAGCUGCGCAUUCACAUGGUAUCAAGUGCUCUAAGACAGAUAUCGUAGAAAUUGUGCAUGUAUGUGAAGCAACUCUAACCAAGCGAUUAAUUGAGUUUGGAAAUACCGAGUCUGGAAGUUUAAAUGUUGAUGAGCUCACAGAAAGAGAAAGGGAAAUGGAAAAAAGAUCUUUUACGACGAAACCAACGUCUAACAAAGAGAAUGUGUUCUGUAAGCAUCAGGAUUGUAAACCUUUUGGUUAUGGACUAUGUGAGAGCUGUUACAAUGAGUUCAUAAGUGUUUCCGGAGGACUUGUUGGUGGGUCGGAUCCUCCUGCUUUCCAGCGAGCAGAGAAAGAGAGAAUGAAAAAAGCAGCUAGAGAAAAAAACGAGGGAGGAAAUGGUAGCCUAAACCACGAUGAACAACUAAAUUCCGAGAGAGAGCCAGACUAUUGCAGUGUGAGCAAAAGUGAAAAACGAUGUUCGGAGAAAGGUGAAGGAAAAAAAGAUGGGGAAAAUGGCCAUGCUGAAGACUCGGAUGAAUCAGACAACUUUUCUGAUAUUAACGAUCAUGAGGUGGAUAGCUAUAUUCUCAACGAGGAGGAAAAGCGGUAUACGAGGAUCAUAUGGGAAGAAAUGAACAAAGAAUAUCUUGAGGAGCAAGCAGCUAAGGAAGCAGCUGUGAAGGCGGCCACCGAAGCUUUAAACGCGAACAACUCUAAUUGCCCAGACUAUGCAAGAAAGCUUGUUGAAGCUUCUAAAGCUGCUGUGGCAAAAUCUAGAAAGGAACAACAACAAAAACGAGCUGAGGAAGCAAAGAACGCGCCUCCCCCAGCCACGGCCAUGGAAGCUGUUCGUAGAACGCUCGAUAAAAAGAGACUUAGUGGGUUAAUCAACUAUGAUAUUUUGGAGGAGCUGUUUGCUGCAUCCCCAGCCGAAAAAUCACCCAAGAGAUCGAAAGCAGAGACAGACAUGGAGAAGAAGAAGAAGGAAGAGACGAAGGAAGAGAAGAAGGAAGUGAGGAGCACUGAACAUGAGAAUGGUGAAAACGAAGAUGAAGCUGAAGAGGAUGAAGAAGGUUAUGUAGAAUCAUACCACAUGAACACAGGUUUACAAAACGACGAGAAAUUGUAUGAAGGGGAUGAGGAAGAAGAGGAUGGUUAUGAUUUAGGAUUGUGUUGAUAUGUUAUUGCCAAACAAAGCUAAACCAGACUAGUUAAUUUUACGUGUACCCAAACAAGUUUUGAUCCUAUUUUAUUUGUACCCAAACAAGUUUUAAUAGGAUCUUCAGUUCAUAUAUAUCAGUAAGUUUAACAAAUAAAGAUUUUUUAAAAA